AUGAACAGAGCAGAGAAGAAUCUCGAGAACCUGCCAUGGGUUGAGAAAUAUAGACCAUCUUCUUUGGACGAAGUGUACGGCCAACCAGACAUUGUGAAUACUGUUCGUAAGUUUGUUGCUGAAGGUAAAUUGCCCCAUCUUUUGUUCUACGGUCCUCCUGGUACAGGUAAGACCUCUACUAUCAUUGCGUUGGCCAAAGAAAUUUAUGGGAAGAAUUAUUCCAAUAUGGUGCUUGAGUUGAAUGCCAGUGACGACAGAGGUAUCGAUGUUGUUAGGAACCAGAUCAAGGAUUUUGCCUCCACCCGACAGAUCUUCAGUAAAGGUUUCAAAUUGAUCAUCCUGGAUGAGGCUGACGCAAUGACCAAUGCUGCUCAAAACGCCCUAAGAAGAAUCAUCGAAAAAUAUACUAAGAACACCAGGUUCUGUAUCUUGGCUAACUACGCAUAUAAGCUGACACCGGCCUUGUUGAGUAGAUGCACCAGGUUCCGGUUCCAGCCGAUCGCGAUUGAUGCCCUGGAGCGUCGUAUGAACAACGUCGUCUUACAAGAACACUUGAACAUUGGCCAGGAGGCCAAGGACGCUCUGUUGAAGGUGUCCAAGGGGGACAUGAGGAGAAUCAUGAACGUGCUGCAGGCGUCGAAGAGCUCUGUGGACACAGCGGACGGGGAGAUCACAAGAGAGAUCAUCUACGAAUGCUGUGGGAUCUGCAGACCGGAAGAUGUGCAGAAGAUACUGAAAAGCAUACUGGAGGACGACUUCGGCACGGCAUAUCUAACAUUGAAGCAGAUCUGCCAGGCCAAGGGCCUGGCAUCCAUCGAUAUCAUCGAGGAACUAGUAGCGUUGCUCGAGUGCUACGAAUUAAAGAACGAGAGAACAAGACAAGAGACACUCGUCUGUCUGAGUGAAAUCGAAUACUCCAUCUCCAAGGGCUGCAACAACAAGAUCGUCCAAAGCGCCAUCAUCGGCGCCAUCAAGACCGCCUUCGAGCAUGAAACAGCAUCCGCAUGA